AUGCGGUCCAUCGCGACCAGCAUCCAGUCUCUGAACUGGCGCCUCAUAUUGAGUGCGACGGUCUGUUUUAUGGUUUUCUAUCUCCUCGUCACAGACGAUCACUCCCGUUCCCAGACUCCGAACCCUAUUACCCCUCCGGAGGAGGCUCCGCAAGAGCAGCCAGCAACGCAGAAGUCACCAUCGGUUCUUGGCGAAUAUGACGGUCGUGUUGAUGACCCGUAUCGUAUUAAUGAGCCGAAUCCUGUGCUCGGUGUCGACUAUGAUUCCCCGCUCGAUGCGAUACCAGACCGUACACGCCCUGGAGGGGAGCCAGCAGAGGUAGGUGAUCAGAAGCCAGAUGAAGAAACUUCAAGUUCGUCCCAGCCAGAAGUUCAACCACCAGACACCCAGCCCUCGACUCCAGCAAUAGCAUCGGAAACUGAGGAUGAAAACUACGUCGCCAUUUGCAUGGCCGUCAAGAACCAGCGCAAAGACCUCCCCGAGUUCCUCAUCCACCACUAUCACCACCUCGGCAUCCGCAACUUCUACAUCAUGGACGACGCCUCCGACCCCCCUCUAUCAGAAAUACCGGAUGCCGAACUUGGUGUUCCUCGCGAAACCAUAACAUUCGAGAUGCAAGACGAAAGCACCCGCGGCACCAGCCAUUCCCAACAACUCGACAUCUACAUGCGGUGCAUCGAAAACUAUGGAGCGAAUCAUACAUGGAUGGCGUUCCUAGACGCCGACGAAUUCCUCCAGAUGACGGGGAACCAGACGCUGACGGAUAUGCUAUCCGAGCUGGAGCAGGACAAGAGCAUCGGGUCCUUGGGCGUGAACUGGCGUAUGCACACGUCCUCCGGCCUGCUAACACGGCCUGAAUCCGCACGGAAGGGCUUCAUCGACUGUAUAUGGGACGACCUGAAGGGCCAGGGCGCGAACUCAUUCAACCGCCACGUCAAAUCCAUCGUGCGAGUCUCGCACGCCGUGAGGCCGGCCAACCCGCACCUAUGGGUCCUCAAGGAUGGGUCCAGAACUGUGGGCGAACACGGCGAUACCAUCGAUUCCGAGGCGUACAGGACGCCGAUUACGCGGGAUAGGAUAGCGCUACAUCACUACGCUGGGAAGAGCCGUGAAGAGUACGAGGAGAAGAUGCAGCGCGGGAAUGCCAUGGAUGACCCCAAGGGUGAGGAGUUUUGGAAGGCUGUCGAGAAGGACCUUCCGCAUAUGAGGUGUACAGAGAUGACUGAGUAUUAUCCUUAG